GCCAAAAUUGAACCUUGUUUUGUGCUUUAGCCCCUGUCUUAGAGCGCCUUGGGGUUUUUGUCCUUAGUUUAACAACUUUUUGAAACAAAUUCAGCCUUCCUGUUGCUUUUUUCACCGUCUGUGAAUUUGUAUACGGAGGCAAGCAUGUCUGACCACGACUACAGCCGGUCGGCUCUUCAAGAGGCUUGCGAUGAUGAUGUUAUUGAAGAAAUGGAGUUGGCCGGGGCCGCGACUGAUCCUUCUUGUAAAGAUCAAAAGGUAAACCGGGAGCAUACACCCAUUAAGAACAAAACUAAAAAGAAAAUGAAGCUACAGGAGACUGAAUGUAAGGAAGACACAGCGAACGCUAUUCUUCGAGCGAUAGGAGAGCUUAAUACAAAGAUGGAUAAUCAGACUGAAAUUUUGAGAAGUAUUGAAAAACGUAUUGAAGCUAAUACUGUCGCCAUUGAUGUAAAUAAGAAAGCCAUAACAGAGCUUCAAGCUACGGUGAACCUUCUCAAAAAAGAAAACACAGCGCUGAGGAUCUCCUGUGAGGACCAUGCUCGUUACAAGAGACGCUGGAACCUGAGGGUGACCGGACUGCCUGAGAAAGAUGAUGAAAACAUACGGAAUUCCAUCAUCGGGAUCCUCACGAGGAUCAUUCCUGUCUCCGUGGAUCGGCUGCAGGAUACGGUCGACACCGUUCACAGAUUGGGGAAAAAAGCUGACGCCGCUUCGGCUAACAACCGUCCCAGAGCCGUCAUCGUUCAGUUCGGGUUGCGAACCAUGCGAGAUGAGGUCUGGAAAAAAUCCAAAGAUGCUAACGUUUGUAAAGAAAUGCACAUCAGCUUCAGAGAGGACUUUUCCAAGGAGGACAGGAUCGCCCGGGCUAAACUGUGGCCCCUGGUUCAGGAAGCCAGGAGCCGUGGCAAACGUGCUUAUUUGAAGGAAGGUUUUGCCCUGAUCGAUAAUCGAAGAGUGGACCCUGACUAAGUACUCCACCGUGCCUCUUUAUUGCCACUGGUAUGGCAUAAUAUGUUCGUAUUUGUUUAAUGGGCUAUUGCACUUUUCGUUAUAAUUGUUAUUGGCUGUUAUCUCAUUCCUGCUCAUCGUUCCUGAGCUUAGUUUUUGCACAACUACUGUGUUUAUUUCAUGUUGUCUUUACUUUCACUUAAUGCUAGGGGGUUGAAAAAUAAUGUCAAACGUAAGGCUACUUUUCUUUAUUGCAAAGAGCAAAAGGCAAA